AUGUUGCCAAAGUUAAAGCACGCAGCUGUUCCUCGCCAUCCGCUAGGCACGACUAUCGGUGAAGAUCGUCGAAGUGGAGGUGGCUCCGGCUGGGAAAAGUAUGCAGAUGGGUCGUACGGAGUGGAUGGUGACGGCGUUGCGGAUGGUCCUUCAGUAGUGGCCAGGCGAGGGGUUGCAGAGGGCCUCGGCACAGCGGUUGGGCUUGGCGCUGCGGAUGAGGCUGGUGCAGCGGAAGGGUGGGUCGCAGAAGCGUGUGACGGUGUUGCGGAUGGGCGCGGCGCUGCGGACGGCCCUGGCGCUGCCGAUGGGCAUGCCGAUUCGGAUGAUGCAGGUGCCCCGGAUGUGUGUGUAGCUGAAUUGGGUGUCGGUGCUGUGGACGGGCGGGGCGCUGCGGACGGCCCUGGCGCUGCAGAUGGGCUGGGCGCUGCGGACGAUGCAUGUGCAGCGGCUGGGCGGGUCGCAGCAGCGGGUGACGGUGCUGUGGACGGGCGGGGCGCUGCGGACGGCCCUGGCGCUGCAGAUGGGCUCGGCGCGGCGGAUGAUGCAUGCGCAGCGGAUGGGCGGGUCGCAGCAGCGGGCGACGGUGCUGUGGACGGGCGGGGCGCUGCGGACGGCCCUGGCGCUGCAGAUGGGCUCGGUGCUGCGGAUGAUGCAUGUGCAGCGGAUGGGCGGGUCGCAGCAGCGGGUGACGGUGAUGGGGACGGGCGGGGCGCUGCGGACGGCCCUGGCGCUGCAGAUGGGCCGGGCGCUGCGGAUGAUGCAGGUGCCGCGGACGGGCGGGCCGCAGCAGCGGGUGACGGUGCCGCGGAGUGGCGGGGCGCUGUUGAAUGCCUAGCCGCUGCGGCAUUCGGAGGUGGGCGUCCUGCGCCGCCCUGUCUCUGUCGGCGGCCGCGUCGCUGCGACUGUGCUUGGCGAGCACGCCGCCGUGCUUCAGCCGCUUCGGCCGCAAUGUUGUUGGCGGUCGCACGCGUCCGGCGUGUUUGCUGA